AUGAGAUUUCCUCCAGCCACAGUAAUGCUCACAUGGCCUUCUCCCAAUCAUGUUAACCCUACUGAGCGGGGUCCGGCGCUCAUCAUCGUCGAGCUGACCUCGUUGAGCGUUGCGCUUUUAUGCCUGUGCUUGCGACUGUACGUCAGAUUCUUCAUCAUCCGCAAAAGCUGGUGGGAUGAUUGGCUCAUGAUUGCUGCAACUUUACUUGAGGAUAGCUCCUCUUGGCCCAUCAUUCCGACGGUUAACGUGGACGGCCAUUGCUGCCACCUUCGUCCUGUUAUCGGUUUCCUUGUUGUGCUGUGGACACAGUGCAUACCGGCUUGGCAUUAUUGGGACCUCUUUGUGGAAAACCGAAAGUGCCUGGAUGAGUGGCCGCCCCUGGCUGCUCAAAGUGUUUCAAUGGUGGUGAUUGACGUUAUCGUUUACAUGAUACCUAUACCGACACUAGUCCGAUUGAAACUUCCUGCAGCGCAGAGACUUGUGCUCAUUUUUCUCUUUAGCCUUGGCACAGUUGUUGUCGUGGCUGGAGCCAUGAGAACCUAUUGGGUUCACCACGUUGGAAUGCAAACGUACGAUGUUACGUGGGAAGGGUUUGAACUCUGGAUAUGGACGGCUCUUGAAGCCAACCUUGACGUAGUUUGCGGCUGUGUCCCUGUUCUUCGCCCCCUGUUGCUUUUGACGUCGGGUUGCAAAUCACCAAAUUUGGUGGAGAUAUCGUUUCCUCCAACGAUUGGGUCUGGUGAAAAGGAAAAAGGAAAGCAUGGUAACUUGGAAUACGAUGCGGGUGAACACAUGCUAAAUACACCAUUGUCAACGCCCAGCAAUUCGUUGAGUACGCCCCUUCAACUAUCAAGUCCCGGUUGGUCACCGAUUCUAGAUGAAUGGGCAAGGCAACAGCAUCAGAAACAAUUCAGACGUUCAUGA